AUGAAUUGGUGUGGAUUAGGAAAUUAUGCGGAGCCUGAGAUGGUUGAGUUGAACAUUUCAGAUGAUCGAUUCAAAGGCGUUGGAUCGAGCAGUAUGAAGAAGAAGUCAUCGUCGCAAUUAGAAAGUAGGAGGAAAUCUGAUGGUGGCUCUCGCCGAGAGCGAUCAACGUAUUCCCAAAGCAGCUCCAAAGGUAGAUCUUCAUCUUCGAAAGGCCGACAAAGCCCCUCGUAUAUGAAUCCGGUCGAAUCUCGAACUUCUUCGAAACCACCCAAGGCUGCGUGCGUUCAAAAGUUGGAAAAGGGAUUCAAUGUGGUUAUGAUCACUGACGACAGUGCAGUAAAUGUCAAACUUGACCUCGAUCCCAAAAACCCUCACAUUCGCAUUCGACCGUUGGACGAAAAUGCUUUUGAACGGAAUCGGUCUUCCAUGGAAACCCAAUUCCGUCUCCAAGACAUUGCACGAUUGGAAGUUGGCCGAGACAAGACAGAGAACAAGACUUCUAAGAGUAAGAAACCUGUCAGACUUUUCUCCGUUAUGUUGAGGUCGAGAUCGAAGCAAUACCGAUCAUUCAACUUUGAAGCAGAGUCGGUAUCUGACCGAGACACCAUCAUCGAGGCGAUCAAAACUCUUUUGGAGCAAGCCCGUAGCUUGAGUUCAAAGCAAAAGAGAAAAACCCAAACUCAGUCUUCCCACGUUAGGUCUUCGGUGGAUAUUGAAUUGAAUCCCAGAAAAUCGACCAUUGAAAGGCAAAACGCCAGCGAACAUGAGCGCAAAGCCACACUUGAAACCAGAAAUGACAGCUACAGCACUGCUUCUGUAAGUAGAAGCUCUUCUGAUGCUUCUUCCAGGGAAGAAGCCCUUUCUGCUCGUUCAUCGAAAAGCGGAAGUGGAAGCAAGAGAAGUGGUCACAGUAGCGGGACCGGCCGAAGCCGUGGCAGUCGUUCGUCAAGAACAAUGGCAGAUGAAGAUGCCUUUCGAAAGAAUUCCAAGGGUGUCGUGGAAGACAAAGAAUUGGCAGCAAAAUUCGAAAAUCAUCAAGCUGCGCCCUGGUGUACUGAUGACAUUUGCAGUGCUGGAUUCAAAGAAUUCAAUGCUACUGUGACUGGAAUCUUCGGAGAAAACCCUGCGCUGACAAAUGGAUCUAAGUAUAGUCGGCCCUCUGGUGCUUCAAGAUCCAUGACUUCGCUAUUGUGGAAUACUACGAAAUCAGAUCGACGAAAGCAUCGAUUGCAAAACAGAGCGGCAAACCCAAGUUCCAAAGCCAGGCGAUGGAAGAAUCUUCGCAACCAGAUGACUUUCGAAGCCGCUGAUCUUGAAAACGACAUUCCGUAUCUGAAGACUGUCCAAUCAUGUGAUGAUUUUGACAAGUCCAGAGAAACUCUAAAGGCUACACCCCCAAGCAAUCCAUUCUCAAAGAAGCGUCACAACAAUGAAGAUGAUGUUGAACUAUACUACGACAGUGAUCCCGAAGAUGCGAGGGAGGUCACCUUCAGGCGACUUGGAGCCAGAGGGGUGCAGGCCGCAAAGGCAAACAAAAUCAAAGAUGAUUCGGUACUUGGAAGAACGAGACAGACCACGGCCUCAAUGACUCCACUCUACAACAGAAAGAUGAAAAAGGUUGAUGAUACUCUUAUCCUCGACAUCAUAGAGAACUUGAAGAAUCAGAAAUUGACACUACUGUGGCAUCCUGAGCAGACCAAGGACGGUCCCAAUCAGGCCCCUGUUUGUGUCAAAGUAUGGAUCGAAUCAGGAAUCUACCUCGUUGAUGGCACAUUCCUGCUGCCCAAACUUACUUGGCUCCCAGUCCACGAAGCCAACGCCAGCAAUUUCGUGAUGAAUGCAGCUAUCCAGAAUCCUGAAGCUGUGGAUAUGUUGGAUGUCUGCCGCGUGAGAGAAUGCGAUUCUAUUGACCGCAAGCUCUAUCCCUAUGCCGAUGUGAAUCGCAGUUUCAUAGUUCAGACUCAAAGUGGCAGCACUCUCUUUGAGACACGAUUUAAACAAGAACGCGGUCAUAUGGUCAAUGGUCUGAAGCUCGUGAUUGCUCGAUUAGCGUCUCUGUUGAUGCUCCGUGAUUUGCGAGCUGUUGAAGAGUUCUUUGGAGGCAAUUCCACCGUUCCAGGUGAGGCUCCAUGGUGGGCCAAAGCAAGCGCCGAAGAAUCUGAAGCCGCAGAAGGAGGAAUGCCCGCAUUACCCUAA